UGUUCAUCGCCAUUCUCCACAAGUAACAUGUUCCAUUAUUUUCUAUUUCUGAGGCACUGUUUGUUUUCUUCUAAUUUCUAUCCAAUAAAUCAAAGUCGGAAACUUCUAUAGGAUUAAAUUAAAGCUCGUCUCCAAGUUCCUGAUUUCUCACUCACCCCCUUCUCAAAUUCAAUCUUCUCCGUGGACUUUGAAUAGCGCUCAUUCUAAGUCUUCCCUCCUCUGUAGUCAAUUAAUCUAACCAUAGUUCAUAUAUGCCUUCCUUAAACAUCCUCACGCCAAAACCUGUGCUUCCAAGUUCCUUCCACAUGCUGAAUCAUUUGGUGUGCGGCAACUUUCAUCAAGAAGAAGAAGAUGAGGCUUAUUGGGAUAGUCCAAGAAAAUCCAGGAAGAGCAGGAACAAAAACCCAUAUUCCACCCGAGGCUUGGACCAGUUUUCUGCACUUUUAGCUGAUCUUGACAGAAAAAGGCAGGAGAUUUACUCCCAGGCGAGGCCGCAGGAUAUCUCUUUUAUUCGCUUCGUGUCCUCCAAGUCCAGUUCUAAUGAUUUCGUCCCGAUUGUUAUCAAAGCGAAAGGGAAGGACCAGAAGCACAAGAGUGAAGAACUCAAAGUACGACAUGUCGCAUCAAACUCCCAGCCAAUACUGGAAGAGCCUGCUGCCGUGGAAGUGCCAAAACAGUCCAAGUUGGGAUCUAAUGAGAAGGCAGAGAAGAAGAAUUUCUGUUGCAAUGUAUGGAGCCGCCCUUCUUUCUAUCUACCGGUGAUGUUGAUUAUGAUUUUGGGGCUCUUGACGGUGUUUGGUCGAUCAGUUGCAACUAUUUGCACUUGUAUUUUGUGGUACACAGCCACCACAGUCAAGGAUAGCUCAUCGUCAAGAAAGUCAAUCAUGAAGAAGAAACGUUAUAGAAGAGGGCUGAGUGAGAAGGCUGCGGCUUCCGAGGACACGCCUCCAAGAAAAUUUGGCCGCCAGAAAAGCUGGUGAAUUCAACUGAUCUCCUUUGUUCCUUUCACUUUUUACCUCCAUGAGUUAGGAUUUUGUUUGUGCGUAUACGCGUUCGUUUUCAUGACGACGUGCUUUGAGGCGGGGUUGAAAAUUCAUUCGUGGUCUUCACGAGCUGUAAAUUAUGGAAUCGAUUAUGGAGGUAGAGCUAGAUUGAGAUGUUAAUCCAUCUCAGGUUAUGGUUAUUUGCCUAAGAACUGUGAAAAUCAAGUAGUUGUCUGCUUCAA